UCGACAGAUGGCGCACUUCACCGUGAAGUUCUGACGCCCGAAGCCUGCGCGCUCCUGCAGUAUUCUCAUGCAGUCCAUGCAGAAACAGUGUCCACACUGCAUCACACUCCACUGUGGAAGUAGUGGCAGAAAACCACUUCAACUCAAUUCAACAGUGAAAAGAACACUGCCAUCAUAACAUCAUAACUAAAAAAAGGAUUGAAUAGUCUUGUUAAUUAUCAUUAAAAGUGAUAAUUACAUAACUUUGUUUUCAAUUAUCAAAAGACCUUACCAUAAAUGAGUGACAAAUAUAUUGAUGAGUAAACAAUCGAAUAUUGAAAAUAAUUUUAGAGAUAAACAUCUAGAUAGUUGAACACCGACUGUACAGGCAUGUUGAUAACACAAUAAAAGUGCUAAAUAUGUUUGACAGGUUGAUUGUGAAACAGUGCCAUUGUGCAACAUUACAUCAGUCAUAUACAGUUAGGGUUUCUCUGAACAUGAUGUAUGAGAGACAAACAAAAGAGGACCUGGGUUCCACAUCCAUGGAUAACAAUCCACAGGAGGCGUUUAACACUGGUCCAUCAACACAACCUUCGUUGGAAUCACCAAAAAUGAAAGCCCUGAACAACAGCUUUUCGACCAAGCUUGCAUCAGAUUCCACUAACAUGGACUAUGAUAAUCUGCAGAAAGACAUCUUUGGACAGAAAAACAAAUUGGAUGAGGAUUAUGAUAACUUGAUGAGUGUAGUGGAAAAGGGAGAACUCGAUGCCAUGAAACCAGUGUCCAGUUUCAAGCUUUUAGUGACUUAUGUGUUUGAUUUUGAUCUGGAGAUGACUGAAAGUGAAACUAAGAAUGACUUGUGUGACGUCAGUGUGUCUGGUCUGUUGGGCUUCAGUAAGGUGAAGGAGGAGGAAGCUGUGGAAACUGUGUCUGAUGAUAAGGACAUGAAUGAUGAUGAUAAGGGACACUUGUGUUACAGUGACAGGGAUGUUAGUGAGCCGUCGAAGAAGAAGUACCCCCUGUUAAAGAGGAUCUUCCUCAGAGUGUUCCCCUUAAGAAAAUAUGUCUUGAAACAUAAGAACAAAGAUCAUGCUGUGGAAUAAAUAUGCACCUGGUUCCGGAAAAACUUAAUGCAUUUGUGUAAAGUGUACUCAGUCGGCUCAGGCCAAACAGGGAAACACUUUUUGUUUUUAUGGUAUUUAUUUUUUAAGGAAGAUUCUUCUUAACCCUUACAAUG